ACAUCAGAGAAUGACUUGACAGCUAAAUAAUUUUGGCUUGUUCGACGUUAUCAUUACUGUAUUAAUAAACAAGUCGAUACCUGAUAAUAUUUUUUCAACGGCGUGGUUUUUAGUUCAUAAAAGAAAAUGGCAGAUAAUCAUGAUUCGAUGCUUGGACAAUUUACUGCAAUUACUGGUGUAGAUGCUGAACGAGCUAAAUUUUAUCUAGAAUCGUCGGCAUGGCAAGUAGACGUCGCUUUAGCAAGUUUUUAUGAAAACGAUAAUGAAGAACAACAUAAUGCUGAAAACGAUGACAUAGUAGAAUCAUCUGAUGUAGCACCAACAUCUGAAAGCUCAUCCGUUCCGGUUACCAAAUCGACAGGUAGUACACCUCAAACAGAGAAACCAAAACCACGUAAAACACCUAAUUCACGAUUUGUUACUGUUCAAUCAUUAAAUGCUGCUAAUAGCUCUGAUGAAGAAGAGGGACAAGCUUUUUAUGCGGGAGGUUCCGAACAUAGUGGACAGCAAGUAUUAGGACCUGGUAAAAAGAGGGAUAUCGUUGAUGAAAUGUUUAAGUCUGUACAAGAACAUGGAGCCGAAGUAGUCGAAACUUAUGAUAAUAAGAAAGGCAGUAAAAUAUUCAGUGGUACUGGUUAUAAAUUAGGUCAAUCAUCAAAUGAUACUGAAGUAAUAACACCAUCAACAUCAUCUUCACAAAUGACACCUUCUGAUGUUGUGCUUAAACUUUGGCGUGAAGGUUUCAGUUUAAAUGAUGGUCCUUUACGUGCUUAUCAAGAUCCCGAAAACAGAGAUUUUCUUGAUAGUGUUCGAAGAGGUGAAAUUCCACAUGAAUUGAUACGAGAAGCGCGUGGUUCCGAAGUACAUUUAAAUAUGGAAGAUCAUCGUCAUGAAGAAUUUACUCAAGUCAAACAAAAAUUAAAACCAUUCUCAGGUACGGGUCACACUUUAGGCAGUCCGGCACCAGCAACUGUCGGUUCACCCAGCAAAGAAGAAGGUGAUCGAACAGUAAAUGAAGAAGUAGCCAAAGAACAGGUUAAAAUUGAUCAGACUCAACCAACAACCAAUAUCCAAAUUCGAUUAGCUGAUGGAUCAAGAUUAAUAGGACAAUUUAAUCAUGUACAUACUGUGAAUGAUGUACGGCGGUAUAUAGUUUUAUCACGGCCACAAUAUCAAAAUCAAGAAUUUGCAUUGUUAACUACGUUUCCAAAUCGUGAAUUAAGUGAUGGUACUCAAACAUUGGAUCAAGCAGGUAUUUUAAAUGCGGCGGUUAUGCAACGUUUAAAAUAGUAAAACAUAUAACCGACGAGGUGUCUUUAUCAUAGGAUCCUUUUAGCGUACCGAAAAAAUAAUAAUUCUUCAUUUUCAUAAC